GCAGGAUACGCUCUGCAAUUUCCACGAAAAGGAACCAGUGAUUACGUCAUCAUCACACGUGGUAUGCCAAACCUGUCAGCUGUGACGGUUUGUCUGUGGAUCAAAACCGCUGAUACUGGAAAUGAUGGAACACUCCUGAGCUAUGCUGUAUUUGGAAAAUGCAACGCGCUUCUCAUGAUUGACUAUGGAAAUUUGAGGAUUUUCAUCAACGACCAUGGGAGGUUUGAGUAUUUCAUCUGAAGUUCUGUCUUGCUAUUAAAUCACAACAGUAAUUUUGAUUUAAUGUUGCUGUAAGCUUUAAGAUACUAAAAGUACACUUCUCGCGUUUUGCUGCCAAUUUUAGUGGUUCUACUUCUGUAUCUGCCAAUGAUGGAAAGUGGCAUCAUAUCUGCCUCACAUGGGAGAAUACCGCUGGAUCAUGGAAAUUGUUUCGAGAUGGUUCGGUUACCGUUUCUGGUAAAAGUUUCCAAACAGGUAAAUUCUUCUUUUAGUAAUGGUCCGUACAAUAGUAUUAAAUGUUAAGUGUGCGUAACUGCUAAUACAAAGAGGCCGAAAUGACAAAACCGCCAGGAUUCCACAAAAUUCGAGGAUUUAUUUAAAUAAACGAAAUAGGAAGUACACGUAGACUUAAAAGUAGUUUUAAAUAGAAGGCUUAGAUAGACUUAUACUCUAUACAAACCAAAGCUUAAACAUGUUUAAAGCUGUUCCGUUAAAUACGGUCAGGUAAAAGGUUGUUUUCUAUAUAGAAGCUACCUAAACUUAUGUUUGCUGUUGAUUGCUGAAUGUUGUCAACUACUUGAAACUUAUGGUAAAUUCAGUGUUUCACUUCUCUGUUUCUGAUUUUCAUUCGGAAAAACCCGGUUGCAUUUACAUUGUAACGGACACUGUAAACGAAUCUCCCUGAGAGGAAACUUCGUAAAAUUAUCGCGGACACGAACCGCAAAUAAUUGCGUUGUGAACUAAACUGCCUUGUGUGGAGAAGAAACGAUUAGUUAAAAAUUCCCUCCUGAAUGCUCUAUAUGUGAUUUGCAAGUAACGCGAAGAAAAACCACCCUAAGAUGCUGAAAAAGGCGAAAGAAGACUAAAGAUACUGGAGAAACCGAUCGCGAGAAAGGCGCAAAAAAGGAAAAAUAUAUCAGACAAACUCUGACGAGGUAAUGAUUACUGAUGCCAAAAAAUAAAUAUUUGAAAAACACGCAAAAACCUUGACAAAAAUGCAAGUAACUGUGAUGGUGAAACUACUUAAUAAACAAUUAUGAAAUUUAUCACGUAAAUGUUACAGUGUAUGUUACGUUAGUCACUCAAGGAUAAAGUGCGUAGAUCCCAAAGAGUAAUGCGGAGGUUGGAACAAACAGAGCGACAUGACUCGCUUAUUCAGUAAAUUAUUGAUUAAGAAAACUAAAAAGGGGAAGAAUGUACUUACUUUCCAGUCUUUUUAUCAUUUCCUCCAGAUAUUUGCUUAAUCAAAGAAAAAGACAUAGUUGAAUCUUUUUUGACUGGUGAAUUUAUCUUUUUCCUUAAUUUCUUGUUUAUCUCCCCUCAGGUAACGUGAUUCGUGGCGCCCUGGUACUAGGGCAGGAUCAAGACUCAAAGGGGGGAAAAUUUGAAGCCCAUCAAUCUUUCAUCGGUGAAAUGACAGGUAUCAACAUUUGGGAUCACGUCAUAAAAGACCAAGAAAUCGCACGCAUGUCAAAGUCGUGCCUGACAGGGGUGGGCAAUGUGUUUCAGUGGCGCGAGUUCAAAGCUCACAUCAAGGGCUCAGUGAAGAUAAUUAAGCCAUCGUGCUGA